AUGAGCAUGCUGUUGCUUCUACUGGGCGGCAUUCUGUUUGCUUUUCUGUAUGUCUUCUGGAAAAGCCGCUUUCAGAGCAGCGUUGGUGAAAUGUCAUCAAAUUCGACUUCUCUUGCACUAGUAAGACCAACCUCUUCUACUGGGUCAACUAAGAGCAAUACUGAUAAGAACUCUGAUAAGAGUCUUUCAGUCAUCAGCCUCUCUUGGGAUAUCUUAAUUAACUCCCCACGCACGAUAACUAUGCAGAAGCGAAUGUUGGUAAACCUCAGGAUCAUGCAAUACAAGCUGGCUGAAUUGGAACAUUUCCUAGUUAUCAAGGGUUUAAAUGGUGCAUUAGUUAACUGGAAAUCUAAUUAG